GUGGGACCUGGCCCAGUGAAAUGGAUGUGCUUCCCAAACCGGAAGACGCCCAUUGGCAGCGCCAUUGAUCUUUACUUGCGGAGGCAACUGGAGCUUCCAGAUGAAGCGGUUCAUCGACUUUUCAGUGCCAAUCGCUGGGAGAUGGCUAAAUCCAUCGUCGAGGACCUUCGUGCUGGUACCACCAUCAUUUGCGACCGCUACGCCUUCUCUGGGGUAGCGUAUUCUGCGGCAAAAGGUUUGGACUUUUCCUGGUGUCAAGCUCCAGACCGAGGGCUUCCAUGUCCAGAUGGAGUUUUCUUUCUGUACAUCGACGAAAAGGUUGGUGCCUCGCGAUCAAACUUUGGUGACGAGCGUUACGAGAAUGCAGACAUGCAGGCUACUGUUCGCACUCAGUUCAAGGAUGCUCGACUUCGAGCACAAGUGAACUGGAGAGAUGUGGAUGGAGCACGGGACAUGGAG